AGUGGCUGAGAGGCAGUAGUGGUCUGGCUGGCGUUGGAGUUGUGCCUCCUCGUCUCUUAUGUUCACUACUGACAGAAGUAUUCACUGUAUCUCAUUGAAUCCUGCAACAUCACCUAGAUCUCUCGAGUAGUUAGUAACGUAGCUAGUAAAUCUAGUCAGAGAAGAGCAAUAAUAUUAAGUGCCUGUGUGAGCACGUGUAGUGUUACAAGAGAUAAAACAUUAUGGCGCCAAAUGAAAAUGCAGAGAAUGGUGUGUCGGUGUCAUCAGAGCGUGUGGACCUGUUGCAGCGAGAAUAUAGCACAGAUGUGAAGCCUCACGUGGUCAAGACAGAUCAUUACGGGUCACAUACACGUCUUAGGUCACCUAGAUAUGACAAGGCGCAGGCCAUUACCAAACAGAUAGCAGCGGCAGUGUUCGCGUCGUUAUCAUCAGUCAGCAUUGGUUUUAUCACAGCGUAUUCGUCCCUGACACUCCCGCAGCUCAGGAAUGACACCUCUAUCGACUUCGUGGACACCAGAGACUCAGGAUGGAUAGCCUCACUUCCGUCCAUCUCGUCCAUCGUGGGUUCGUUACUGGGCGGCAUAGUUAUGGACGCCUUGGGUCCCCGCAUGACGCUGAUGGUAACAGCGGUGCCGUGCCUCCUCUCCUGGUCUUUCAUCGCCUUCGCCAACUCAGUUGCUCUCAUAUACGUCGGCCGCUUGAUCACCGGCGUCUUCCUCGGCAUCUUCUCUCCAGUGCCACAGGUGUAUGCCACGGAGAUAGCGGAGCCUAGCAUCCGGGGUAUGAUGGGAGCCUUCCCUGAGGCGGCUGUGGCUCUGGGCUCACUACUUUGUUAUGCCUUUGGGUCAGUGGUGGACUGGCGGUGGCUGGCAGGGAUCUCAGCACUGGUGCCCAGCUUACCUCUCUUCGUCUCCAUGGUGAUCUUGCCAGAGUCUCCACAGUGGCUCACUAAGAAGGCAAAACUCAACGAAGCCGAGAAAUCACUCAGGUUCUUCAGGAAGAAAUCUCACAACGUGAAGGCGGAAGUGGACAUUAUCUACGAGAACAUCACGGCCACUGAUGGGGCCGAGAUAUCUAUUUGGGAGCAGUGUAAGCUUUUCAGGAAGCCUCAGAACUGGAAGCCAGUGUUGAUCGUCUUCUUGGUGUUCAUGUGUGGUCAGUUCAGUGGGUUUGCUGUGGUCACUGCCUACACUGUGGACAUCUUCAACGAGGCCAACACAAAUAUUGACUCCAACACAGCUACUGUCAUAGUAGGCCUCGUCAGGUUCAUAUCAACACUGGUGAGUGCGGUGCUGCUGGACAGGUUGGGACGCAAGCCUCUCCUCAUAGUCUCUUCGGUGGGUUCCUGUGUGGGCAUGGUUUCCAUAGGCGUCUUCUUCUAUCUCAAGCAAGAUGGAUUCACUAACAGUAUUGGGUGGCUGCCUCUUGCCUCGCUGCUCAUCUACGUCUUCUUCAACGAGCUUGGCUACGGUCCCAUUCCUUGGCUCCUCUCAGGAGAGCUCAUCCCUCUGGCGGUACGAACCAUUGGCAAUGGCGUUGCUGUCACCGCUUACUCCCUCUUCGCCUUCGUUAUUGGCUUGACUUUCCCCCUCCUGAUGGAGAACAUCAGUACGUAUAUUGUCUUCUGGUUGUACGGCCUCUUCAGCCUCUCCGGCGUGGCGCUGGGUAUCUUCCUGCCGGAGACGCGAGGUAGGACACUUGAAGAGAUCGAGAAAUUCUUCGCUCCAAAGACUUCGAGGUCAGAGGCACCGCUCAUCAAAGACAACAUUCCAUAAUGAAUAAUUUGCAUAGUAACGUUAUGCUUCUUUCGUCAUAUUGUCCUUCCAACGCAGAAGACCGUCGUUACUGUCAUUAUGUUGGAAGCUUGUUUGUUGUAUAUGCAUUAAAUUAUCCGCCUAGUUAUAUAUUUA